AUGCAGAAAUACUGCCAGACCCUUGGUGCCCAGAACCCUGUUCUAGGCAGCAAACUGAAGCAGGUCAUCGACAAGUGGGAGAAACUAUGGGAAAACUCUAAACUCUAUGUAGACAGACUACAGUCAUGCAAAGGAAUUAUUCACUGUACAACAGAGGCUGGGCGUAUUGUUGAUAAAUGUGAGAGAGUCCUCAUCUCACAAGACAACAUGGCCAGUGAUGCUGACUCACUGAAACACUCACAAGCUGAACUGCAGGAGUUAGAGUAUAAGCUACAACAGAACCAGGCUAUUAUCGAAGAUCUUAACAAGCACACAGUGAGUGUGACCCAGCUAGUUGCUCAAAGUCGACCAGGUGUCCAGAGUCACCCUGACCUAGAGAAACUUCAAAAGGAUGUUAAUGAUAUAACAUCAAGAUCACAGAGUAUUGAAUCUGCCCAAGAUCUGUUGUUGACUUACCAGAGCUGUGUCAACAAAGAGCAGAAGUGGGUUGAGCAGACGGAGGUCAAAGUGACCACUCAACCACCUCUAGCAGACGAUGCAGCCACCCUACGCAGACAGAUUGAGCCAGUUAAGAAACUCUACCAGUCCCUUGAGAGUAAGAAAUAUGACAUUGAAGCUGUCAACAAACAUGGUGCUAACUACAUAAGAGAAAGCUAA